AUGAUCUUAAAAGAAAGGAAUAAGGUUGUUUUUUAUCAUAUUUCUCCUAACCCCAUCAAUGUAGCUUGUAAAAUUACAAAUAUAGUUGAGGAACUUCUGUUGUUGCGAGAAACCAUCCCUAAACCCACCCAUUGUGAUCAUGUUCCAGUUAAUUCUGGUUGGGAAGCUCCUCCUCUUGUUUUUCUUAAACUUAACUAUGAUGUUGCUUGGAAAGAAAAUUGCAUGGAAGCAGUAGCAGCUGUUAUAGUGAGAAAUCAUAAGGGAGAUCUCCUGGAUGGUAAAGCUUCCCACAUCUGUGCAAGUUCUCCGCUAGCAGGGGAAGCAAGGGCUAUGUUAGAAGCUCUGAAGUUAGUUACAACUGUGGAAGCCAAGUUUAUUGUUCUUAAAACUGAUAAAGCAGAACUGUUCCAUGCAAUUCAAGCUCAAUCAGGAGUUAUUCCAUGGGAAAUUAGAGCUUCAGUACUUGCAAUUAAAGAUUACAUGGCUGCAUUUGAUGAUGUGUGUAUAAUGUUAGUGAAGAGAACAACCAAUAAGGCAACUAAUUUUGUAGCAAAAAAUAUUUUAUCGGGUUCUUUAGAUUAUUCUUGGAUUAGAGUUAUUCCCCAGAAUCUUUGGUCCAUUUUGUUUUCUGAUGCUCAGUUAUCUUCUUAA